CGCUCCCGUUGACAUCCCGCUCUCCCACGCACCGUUCUUUGUCGAGAGCCUAGCGAAUUCCCUUCUGCCCCGCCGAGGACUCUUUUUAUUCGGCCCAUUCCACCCCGUUGUCAACUUGUUCCGCAUCAGUCAGCCAUGACACAAACAUCCACGACCGUGCCGCAGAAGCGCAGCGCUGAGGACCUCACCUCGACCGCCAUGGAGCAGCAGCAGGUUGCGAAGCAGCCGGCCCUGGCUAACGGCGAGGCCAAUGGCCACGCCAAUGGCGCCUCUGCCCUCCCCGGCCUGGACGCCUCCAAGCUCAUCAUCACCCGCGCCGACCCUACGGCCCGCGCCGUGCCGGACGAAGCCACCGCCUGCUCCGGCACCGAGACCAUCUGCACCGACCACAUGAUCACGGCGACCUGGAAGGCCUCGUCGGGCUGGUCGGCGCCCGAGCUGAAGCCGUACGGCCCGCUGACCCUGAUGCCGACCGCGUCGGUGCUGCACUACGCGACCGAGUGCUUCGAGGGGCUCAAGGCCUACCGCGGUCACGACGGCCGCCUGCGCCUGUUCCGGCCGGACCGCAACGCGGAGCGCAUGCUCAUGUCGACGCUGCGCAUCUCGCUGCCGGGCUUCGACCCGCGCGAGCUCGAAAAGCUCAUCGUCGCCCUCAUGGCCGUCGACGGGCCCAAGUGGCUGCCCCGCUCCCGCCCGGGCAGCUUCCUGUACCUGCGCCCGGCCAUCAUCGGCACCCAUCCCCAGCUGGGCGUCCAGGCGCCCAGGGAGGCCCUCCUCUUCAUCACGGCCUCCUUCAUGCCCCGCAUGGACUCGCCCCCCGGCGGCAUGCGCCUGCACACCAACCCGGAGGACAUGAUCCGCGCCUGGGUCGGCGGCUUCGGCUACGCCAAGGUCGGCGCCAACUACGGCCCCAGCCUGCUCGCGACCAACGAGGCCCGCGAGCGCGGCUUCGGCCAGAUCCUGUGGCUGUACGGGCCCGAGGGCUACUGCACCGAGGCCGGCGCGAGCAACUUCUUCAUCGUCUGGCGGACCAGGGAAGGCGCCCUGCAGCUCGUGACGGCGCCCCUCGACGACAAGCUGAUCCUGGACGGCGUCACCCGGCGGAGCGUGGUCGAGCUGGCCCGCGAGCGCCUCAAGGACGAGCUCGAGGUUGUGGAGAGGAAGUACACCAUCGACGAGGUGCUCGAGGCCGAUCGCGAAGGGCGGCUGAUCGAGGCAUUUACGGCUGGCACGGCGUUCUUCAUCUGCCCCGUCUCGCAGAUCCGGCACCGCGACUACGACAUCCACAUCCCCAUGGUCAAGGGCGAGAGCGGUCAGUACACGGCCAAGAUCAAGGGCUGGAUGAGCGACAUCAUGUACGGCAAGGAGGAGCACCCUUGGGGCGUUGUCGUCCAGGAGGAGCAGUAGAUCUGCUCAAUUCUUUUUCUUUUUUUUCUUUCUUUCCUCUUUAUACAUUG